AUGGUGAAGCUUCCUCACACCAAAGAUGACCGCCAAACCGUCCUUCUCUAUCUGAGCAUAUUUGCAUUCGGCAUCAGACAAAGUCCAGGAAGCAUACGCUUUCGGGCAUUCCUCUCCAUUGAGCAACCAAGGGCAGUUGUGCAGAUGGAUGAAGCAAGAGAGGAGCACAUCACCCGACUGCUGAAUUCUGUCCAGACACGGGGUGAUUACAAAGAUCAGCGUGCCUCAGUGUCAGCCGACUCUAGCAAGAACUGGAGGAGUGCAUGUCCCUCUACAUCAACCAUCAAGGAAAUUAAACCAGAGACCAGUGCUGAUCUAGAGUACCUCUUUGAGACCAUUACUCAGGAUGUGUUUUUGGAUGAAGAACUGAGGGAAGACCUUAUGAAGAAGAAAUCGAGCUUGAGAUACUUGGAUAUGAAGCGAUUUCGGGAGAAACUCCCUUCUUACGGUAUGAAGAAAGAAGUUAUAGACUUGAUCAAUGAAAAUCAGGUGCUUGUCAUAAGUGGAGAAACAGGUUGCGGGAAAACCACACAGGUGACCCAGUUCAUUCUGGAUGACUACAUUGAGAAAGGCAAGGGUUCUCUGUGCAGGGUUGUGUGUACCCAGCCUCGACGGAUCAGUGCAAUCUCGAUAGCUGAGAGGGUCGCAGCAGAAAGAGCUGAAGCCUGCGGUGAAGGGAACAGUACUGGCUACCAGAUCAGGUUACAGAGCCGCCUGCCACGGAAACAAGGUUCCAUCUUGUACUGCACGACUGGAAUCAUUCUCCAGUGGCUACAGUCAGACUCUCUUCUAUCUACUGUCAGUCACCUUGUUUUGGACGAGGUCCACGAGAGGAGUUUGCAGUCAGAUGUCCUGAUGACAAUUGUGAAGGACAUCCUGCCUUUUAGGCCAGAUCUGAAGGUGAUAUUGAUGAGUGCAACUCUAAAUGCUGACAAGUUUUCAGAAUAUUUUGGCAACUGUCCCAUGCUGCAUAUUCCGGGAUUCACCUAUCCAGUGAAGGAAUACAUCUUGGAAGAUGUGAUUGAGUUGCUCCAGUAUCGUCCACAAACCCAAGAAAUUCGGCGACCGUCCUCCAAGAGGAGAUUCAUGCAAGGUUGCAUGUUUCGACCAGAGAAGGAACGAGUGGAGGAAGAAUACCAGCAACAAUGGCCAGAAUAUUUGAGAGAGUUGCAAGGAAGAUAUUCUGACAGUACGAUUGAAGCCUUGGAAGUUCUGCAUGAUGAUGAUAAAAUAGACCUCAAUCUGAUUGUAGCCCUCAUAAAACACAUUGUUCUUCUUGGAGAGGAGGGUGCCAUUUUAGUCUUCCUUCCUGGAUGGGACAAUAUCAGCAGCUUAAAUGACCUUCUGACUGCACAAACCAUGUUCAAAUCAGAUCGGUUCGUGAUCAUUCCUCUCCACUCUCUCAUGCCUUCGGUGAAUCAGACAGAGGUUUUCAAGAAGCCACCUCCGGGAGUUCGCAAGAUUGUAAUUGCUACCAACAUUGCAGAGACAAGUAUCACUAUAGAUGAUGUGGUCCAUGUGAUAGAUGGAGGAAAGAUAAAAGAAACUCACUUCGACACUCAAAACAAUAUCAGCACAAUGGCAGCGGAAUGGGUCAGCAAAGCUAAUGCCAAGCAGCGGAAAGGUCGAGCUGGCAGGGUGCAGCCAGGUUCCUGUUACCACUUGUACAAUGGUUUGCGGGAGAGCCUUCUGGAUGAUUAUCAGCUUCCAGAAAUCAUGAGGACUCCACUUGAAGAGCUUUGCUUGCAGAUCAAGAUUUUAAAUCUUGGUCGAAUUGCCCAAUUCUUGGAAAAGGCAAUGCAGCCUCCAUCGAAGGAAGCUGUUAACCUGGCUGUGACCCACCUUAAAGAGCUGAAUGCUUUGGAUAGGAAUGAAGAGCUUACUCCACUUGGGGUCCAUUUAGCUCGCCUGCCAGUGGAACCCCACAUCGGGAAGAUGAUUCUGUUUGGAGCAUUAUUGUGCUGUCUGGAUCCGGUUCUCACCAUUGCAGCCAGUCUCAGCUUCAAGGAUCCAUUUGUGAUCCCGCUGGGUAAAGAGAAACUGGCUGAUGCAAAACGCCGGGAAUUAUCGAAGCAGUCUCGGAGUGACCACCUGACUGUGGUAAACGCGUUUAAGGGCUGGGAAGAAGCAAAAAGGAGAGGUUUCAGAUCAGAGAAGGACUACUGCUGGGAGUACUUCCUUUCUCCAAACAACCUGCAGAUGCUUCAUAACAUGAAAGGUCAAUUUACUGAACACCUGCUGGUGGCUGGCUUUGUCAGCAGCAAGAAUCCUCGAGAUUCCCAGGCAAAUAUAAAUUCAGAAAACGAGAAGCUAGUUAAAGCUGUGGUAUGUGCGGGCUUGUAUCCGAAAGUGGCAAAAAUACGACCGAGUUUCAGCAAGAAGAGAAAAAUGGUGAAAGUCUUUACCAAGUCAGAUGGAAGAGUCAACAUUCACCCAAAGUCUGUUAAUGCUGAAGAAGGUGAAUUUGAGCAUAACUGGCUAAUCUACCAUUUGAAGAUGCGGACAACCAGUAUCUACCUGUAUGAUUGCACGGAGGUCUCACCUUACUCCUUGCUGUUCUUUGGAGGAGAUAUUUCGAUACAGAAGGAGCAGGACCAGGAGACCAUCUCUGUGGAUGAAUGGAUUGUGUUCCAGUCACCAUCCAGAAUUGCCCAUUUAGUAAAGGAUCUGAAAAGGGAGCUAGAUGCUCUUCUACAAGACAAGAUUAAGAAGCCCCGACCUGUGGAUUGGAAUAAUCGAUCGAAAGACUGUGCUGUCUUGUCAGCAAUCAUAGACUUGAUAACCACACAAGACACCGCCAGUGCGAAGAACUACACGCCCCGAUUCCAGAGCUACUGAAGCUGCAGUACCUGCAGUUGAUUCUCCAAAGAGGUUCAGGCUGAGCCUAAAAUGAUUUUAACGUAGCUCACCAGUACAGAGUUGUUUUGUGUUAUUAAUGUUUUUUGGCUAACAGAUCAGAGGUUUAGGAGAAUAUAUCCAAAAGUCUCAUUGGUCAAACAGCGUUGACCUGUGCACAUUAAAUAAAAUGUCUGAUGUUUUAAAAAGUUUAACUACAUUAUGCUGUCGAGUGUAAAUCCUACUGAGAAGGUGGUCAGUGACAGUAUACCAACGUGUUACACCUUGAUGAACGAAGCAAAUUCAUGAGAUAGCUUAGUUCUUCAUUUGUCAGAAAUAUCUCUAAAUUAAUAAAACUUGCUUUUCAAUUCUCUCUUGAAACAGAGCACUUCCAUCCCAGAGCAGAUCAGAUGUUGAACUCUUAUUAAUACUGAAAUUAAGGAUAAGUUAUUUGGAGUAAAAGCAGAAAAUAUACAGCAAAUCUAAGUGACAAGGGUAAUAUUUGACAAUAGGCCCUUAAUUGCAGCCCAUGUGUCCUGAUGGAAAAUUACACAUAUGAGAUUAACCUUUCUUUUUUACAGAUUUUGAUGCAUGUACUGUCUCGUUACAGCAUGUGCACUUCUUAUUUUCUGACCUGACUACGGUUUUAUAAUUGGAGAUGCUUUCUCUGAAACCUCAAUUUUUGUUUACAUUAUUCAAAAAUGAUAGAGCGAUGACUUCACGCUAUCUGCUCAGUUAACCCUUAUCUGGGAUGAGGUAGCAUAGCACUGCAUUUUUAUUUUUGUAUUGAAUUUAGCCAUUAUUAUAAAAAUGAAAUAAUAGAAAACACUGUUGCUUUGGAAAAAAUGGUUAGCAGAUGUCAUCUGUUGCACGCAAAAAAUAUCCAAAAGACUAGUCAGACCAUCUGUUCGAAGACUGUGUUGAGUUAUCCUAAGUUACCUUCGCUGAAUCACCCAGACGCUCCUCCAUUUUUAUUGCCAUUAACAAGAACCGUGGGGGUAAUUUUAACGGUCUGGAAUCCUAAAGAAUCAAGUGGAAUGUCAGUCUCACACCAACACCCUCUUCCACCAACCACCAAACCACCACCAUCACUACUCCCUAAUAUUGCUGCUCUUAAAGUUCAGGUGGGUGUGAGACUGGGCAGAUAUGUAAAAUCAGUCUGAUACUAUCAGCUCCACUGUGGCUGGCUUAGGUUUAACCAGCCCGCACCCAUGGUUCAAAUACCUGAGAUCAGUGCGAUCCAUUUUUGGUUAUGGGUCUAAGGAUAGGAACAGGGCUAUUUGGGCCCUCGAGCUUGACAUUUGUCGAUGUCAGAAUUCCUUUGACCCUAAAUGUAGAAUCUUAUUCCUGACCCGAAUCUUUAGACUGUUACCUUUUCAUAGACUGUUACCUUUCCCAGUAAGUGGAAAUAGUUUCUGUCUGACUGUCUUGAUUUUAUCAGUUUCCCUUAGUUUCUAGAAACCUUUGAAAUUUCCCCUCAACCCUCUAAAUUCUAAGGGGUACAGGCCUAAUUUCUUCAAGUUCUCCUCAUAAUUUUACCCUUUCAGCUUAAAGGAUUUUUUUUUAGUUCAGGUUGGAUUUAGCCUUCCUUUCAAAGUGCUAGGUUUUGCCUUUGGGACGACCUGUCUUGUAUAUGGGCCUUUACUUGCCAUUGGUUGCGAGUGUGCUAAGCACUUGAGAUUAUUGUGACUUAGAGACCCCCUUUCAGAGCUCCAGCAUCGCCAAGGAUAGUUGCUGAAGCCACAGAUCAAGUGGUCUCCAUUUGGUUGUGCCAUACAAUGGUUAGAUUGAUCAUGGUCCCUGCUGUUAGUGCUGUUUUGAAUCCACUGAGUAAAUGCUAUAUGAGAUUCUUCCUCAAGAAAUUCCUAAACUCCUGUACAAGACACCAGCGCAUAAUGUAGAGUGAUUCAGCAGUAUUUGUGGGGUAGAUAAUCAUCAGAGAUUAAAUGCUAAUCUGUCUAUGGCUUUAACAAAAGUAAAAUUGUACAGAUGCUGGAAAUCUGAAUUUAAAAAUAAAGUCCUAUGGAGACAUACAUAGAGAUAAUAUUUGAUGUGACUUCUUCAGAACGGUUCUAGAGAAGAAUGGUAUUGGACUUAAAAGCACUAACUCUUUCUCUCUCCACAGCUGCUGCCAGACCUGCUAAGUUUCUCCAGCAUUUUCUGAUUUUAUUCCUUUUGUUUUAGAGGAUGUUCCAAAUCACUCAAUUCAAAGAAUAUUAGCUUUUCAAAGUGUCCUGUUCAAUGUCUGUUCCUGAACCAACUUUGCCAGAAGGGGGAUUUAACUGGUUGCUCAACUCAUUCACUUGUGUGCUCUUGGGGUCCACAAAAUAGCUGAUGACCAUAUGCUAAAAAAAAAUGAUUUGCUAAUGUAAUGCAUUUAGCAAAACAAGUAUUUCAAAAUGCCUUUGGGAAAAAUGGCAUUGCAGAAAACAAAUCUUAGUUUUGGUUGAUUUUUAAGAAUUUAUUGUAUCAUGAUGCACUGAAUAUGUUCGCCUGAAUCUUGUUCAGAGAUUUAUAUUGACUGUGUUUCAGCUGGUCAGGGUCUAAUAAGGGAUAAAUCCCAUCACCUAUGCUGUCAUUUCUGAUGCAUUGACGAUAGAUUACCGCUUCAGCUCAGCUACCCAACAAGUCGCUACAGUGACAGAGUAGGAACUGUUGAUACACAACUCUCAUAUCAGGCAACAGGCGGAUUGUUAAUGGCUUUGGAGUUCAUUCCCCAAUUUGUCAUGAAAUGUUGGCAAUCAUUGUUUUCUCAAAAUGUAUGUUUAACUCCAAGUGGCUUGACCACACAUUCCACAAAAAAAUGACAGAACUUGAGCUUCUCCCCUUCUAGUCUUUUGCUAAACUUGAUGACUGAGUAGGAAGUUCACCUUUCAAAGAAGCAAGGUUUAGUUUGAUAAUCCUUGAGAUUUCCAUUAGAAUUCUGAUUUCUGGGUAUUUAGUGCACAUCAGUAACUCUGUUCCCUUUUGUACUAGUUCAGCUGGUAUGCCAACCCUUGUACCCAAUAGUAGACCAAUACUAUGCUGCCAACAAAAUAAUUGAAUCGCCCAAGCGUCUCUCUUUUAAGGAAAUCCUGGAAAUUGGGUCAAGAGAACAGCCAUUGCAAUGUCUUGUUCGUGUAUGUUUGUGAAAGGAAAUUGAGUGAAUGUAAGCAAUAUUGAGGAUAAUUGUUAAGCAAAAAAAUUGAGGGUCCUUACAUUAAAGGCAAAUCUACUCCUGUACCUGUGUUAAUGAAAUGUUCAGACCAAUGAGGUUACAGUCUGCUACACAGUGUUGCGUUAGGGUGCUGUCAGAAUGCCAGGUGCCCUCUGUUAUGCUGUAGUCAAUCAUUCCUAGUAAGUGAAUAAAAUUCAAAAUGCUUUUUGUUUCAGAUGCUGUUCUCGGCCGUAUUUAUUUGUGACCAUUAUUUGAUGUGUAAUGGCUGUUCUUUUUACAUAGUCAAUGCAUUUGUAUGGUUUUCUCCAUUAAAGUCCUUACCAUACCUAAA